AUGGCGUCGUCGUCAGUCACCUCGGACCGGCCCGAUCUCUCUGUUCCUCUCUUCGCUGCCGGCCCCGGUUCCGAUCCGCGACAGGCGAAGCGCGCCCUGGAAGCUCACCUGGCAGAGACAGACCGUCGCCUGGACGAGGCUGGCAAGAUUGGAACAGCUCUCGUAUCGCAGCGCAAGGCCCUCGCCGAGCAGCUACAGGAAAUCGAAAAGCUCCAGGCCGAGGAGGAGCUGGCGCCCGAGCUGCGCAGGAAGUUGGUCAGCAUCGAAAAGGACUACAAUGAUUUGGCUCGAGAGUCGGCGAGGGUCUUUUUGCCCAAGCAGCGAGUGGCGAGCACCAGCGACAACAACCAAAGCUCGCCCUACACGCUGGACAGCCGAUCAGACAGGCGCUCCGUCAGCCCUUCCAAAUUCGAGAGUCAAGCUUCGACCUCACCCACCAAGCUCAACGUGCCCAACCGCAAGAUGAGAAACCAGCCGUCCAACAGAGUCCACGACAUCGAAUUUGCCGCCGAAAUUAGCACAUCGCUCAUUGCCCAGGUCCGUAAUCUGCAGGCACUGCUCGGCGAGCGAGAUGAACAGGUCAAAGACCUUCGCAACGAUGUCGCCCGCCUCGAGGGUGACUCGGAGGCUCUGCAGCAGCGUCUCAAGGUUCUUGAUGAGAGUGAACAUCGCUUCAAGGAAGAGAACUGGAACCUUCAGACCCGACUGCAGGAGAUGAAUGGCCAGCAGAAGGAGGCAUCUGACCGCGAGAAGAAGCUCGAUAAUGCUCUUCACGCUUCCAACGCUGCCAAGUCUGCCACCCAAAAGGAGCUGGAUGAAGUGAAGCUAUCUCUCUCCAAGCUGACCGAGGAACACGCCGCCUCCACCAAGCACCAUGACAUUGAGCUCGGCACUGCCAAGCGCGCGAUUGCCAUGGCCGAGGGCGAGCGCUCCGCCAUGCAGCGCAAGAUUGACGAGCUAACCAGCCAGAACCUGGAGCUCGCCAAGGCCAUCGCGGCCCAGAGAGCCAAGGCUCAGGAGCGCGAGUCCUCUUCCGGUACUAGUGACGAGGAUCUGGAGGCUGCUGCUAUCGACAUCACACCUGAGCAUUCCCCACCAGUGUCUCCCAUGAAAGGAACCACUCCCAGACACUCCAUGCUUGAGACGGAGACUCUCAAGACCUCUCUGCAGCAUGCCCAGCGAACCAUCCAGAGCCAGCGAAGCCAGCUUCACCGUGAAAAGACGGAGAAACUUGAAUUCAGACGCAUCAUCCAAGACCUUCGUGACGAUUUGGAAAAGGCUAGAAACGAGCUUGAAAAAGGCCCUGCUCCGCCUCCCGUUCGUCGUGGCCGCAGGGUUGAGCCCAAGGAAGUCAAGGUCAGGCCGCCCAGGUUGCUCGGCAGCUUCCGCUCUAGCCGCCAGGAAGUUGUUAUGGAAGAAGAAAUCGCCCCAGAAGAUCCAGAGUGGGAGGAUACUCACGACAUCUCGCCUCGCUCUUCCGCUCUUCGCGCUGCAGCGGCAACGACAACCAGCGAUUCUUUUGAGACUGCUGCCGAGGAGGGUAACGAUUCAGCCUUUGAGACGGCCAACGAGCCGGGAACCGAGACAGAGGAUUUCCAGACAGGACACGAGGAUCUAUCUGAUGAAAGUGAUGCCCCUACUGAGGUUGCACUCUCCAUACGAGGCUUUGGCAACAUGAGACGACCUCCCAGCCUGCAGCCCGGUCUUUCAAGACAUGUCCUGCGGGAGUCAUUCGACAGUACCGCGUCUACCUCUACCGAAGAAGACGAGUUCCCAGAGUUCCCCGAGUAUCGGACACCUACCGCCGCUGCCGCUAUGCGGAGAAUGCGCAUGAGCAACAGAUCAUCAAUGUCCCGAAGAAGCUCUCGACAGGAGAGUGAGGAGCCUCAGUUCCAGAGCCCCGGUGCAAGCUUUAGCAGCGGUGGCGGCGACCCAGCAACGCCCGGCCAGAGCCUCUUUGCCGAGCUGCAAGACUUCCCCAGCGAUGAUGAAUCAUCCAUCCUUUACACUCCCGGCCGUAGAAGCCUCCGUUCCAUGACUCCGGCUUCCACCCGCCGUCCCGUUACGCCGCCUCCUGCGGUUCCCCGGCUGCCCCGAGUCAUCAUGGUGGAUAGCGGCGUCAUGACCGACCCCAUCGAAUUCGGUCCUAGCCUCGAGCCUCUGGGCCACCGUAUAUCUCGCGGCUCGCUGCUUAGCGUGGGCGAGGCUGCUCGAAGACCGAGAUCCAUGGAGUCGGUCAUUCCCAACACUGACUUCCGUGCGUCCGCAGCCUCAUGGCGGAGCGUCGAAGACGGUCCCGCGGGUUCUGCUACGUACUCGCGCCCCGCGUCUACAAUUGCCUACAGCGAUGCCGGUGCUCAGUACGACAUUGGCGAGAAGCUUGCACAGUUCCCUCUGCCUCCCUCAUCUCUACCCAGCGAACCAGACCUCAUUCCCAUCCCCGUGCCUGCGCCCCCUGCUGUUCUUAAUCUCUCCGUCAUCCAAUCCGAGGAUAUCGAGCCUCGAGAAGAACAGCACCAAGAGCCGGCACCGGCUGCUGUACCUCCCACCCUGAGCUUGACACCAAUGGCAUUUGAGACAGUGGAGCCUUUAGCCGAGCCGGAGGUACCCGCUCCUCACCUGAGGUUGUCCGCCAUCGUGGCCGAACAUUUGGAACCCGAAGCGGAGCCCGACGUUCCACCACCAGACCUCACCCUGUCCAGCAUCUUCGCUGAAGGAUUGGAACCCCGGGCGGAGCCAGAGCUGCCUCCGGCUGAAUUGACUCUGUCGACAAUCAUCGGCGAGGGCCUAGAACCAGUGGCCGAGCCUGAAAUCCCCCCAGCAGCCCUCUCGCUAUCGACAAUCGUCGGUGAAGGUCUGGAGCCAGUGGCCGAGCCUGAAAUUCCUCUUCCAACCCUCUCGCUUUCUACCAUUGCUACCGAAGGCUCAGAGCCAGUAGAAGAGCCAGAGCUGCCUGCACCGGUGCUGAGCCUCUCCACCAUCGUGGCAGAGGAUUUGGAGCCCAAGGCGGAACCCAAAGCUCCUCUACCCGAGCUUACCCUAGCCUCCAUCUUAUCUGAGGAGGUUGAGCCCGUUAUCGAGGAGCCAGUGGUGCCUGAACUUACUGCCGCCAAGGCGAUUGUCCCAGAGGAAGCCCCAGUUGUCGUACUGCAGGAGCUCAGUAUUUCGCCAAUCGUGACGGAGCAAGUCGAGCCCAUCGCUGAGCCUGAGGUGGUGGUGCCCCCGCCGCCAUCUCUCACCAUGUCAUCCAUUCAGGCACAGCAGCUCGAGCCUAGAGAGAUUUGGCUGCCGACUUUGACCCUUUCUACCAUUGCGGUGGAAAAUGUCGAACCAAUCGCCGAACCCGAACCCGAGCCCGUUUCCGCGGCACUGACACUCUCUGCCCUCUCCUUCCAAAACACCAUUCCAUUCGACGAGCUGCCCAUCGAUGAUGAGGAGCUGCUCCUGCCAUCACCACCACCUCAACCCGAGGCCCCUACGCUUGGCCUAUCCUCAAUCGUAGCAGAAGAUGUCGAACCUAUCUUCCCUCUCGCUCCGCAGUUUGCCUUUUCUUCCAUCUCAUCUGUUGAGACUCAGCCAAUCAGCCCAGUCAAGAGAGGAGGAUUCAUUCUCCCAAGAGACAUCAAAUCUCCCUUCAAUGAUGAAGAUGGUGGGGUAUCGGACAAGAACCUCUUUGCGUCAUAUGUCACUCGCAGAAGACCCGAGAGUGUCCCUUCAUCACCCAUCGUUGCUGAGGAUGAGACAAGUCAAUCACGCCCCGUGUCACCGCAAGUCGACACAUUCGAGUCAGAGCGACCACUUAGGGAGAUUACAGUCAAUGGAACCUCUCGUCCUGGCCAGCAACUGGCUCAGACUAGCGACCAAGGCGCUCAGACCUCACUGACAUCGGGAGCCAUCGAUGAGCUGCUCAAGACUGGAAUUGAAACUCCAGCAAAGAGCCAUUACACCAUCGGUAGCCCUGACACCGUGGGGAUUGCCAAGGUCAACCGCGCCUACCAAGAAAGCCUUGAUAGGCCCUUCUCAGCCGUCUCAAGCAAGAACAGGACGCUGGAACCCGCGCCAAUUUUCGAGUCUACACCCAUGCGCCGACCUGGUAGUGCCAAUAGCACCAAAUCCUCACUCAUGGACGCGCCUCCUCUGCCAUCAAACCAUCAGGAAAUGAUUCAGGCGGCUCGUUCCGGCUCAUCGAACGGGACGAUGAAAUCGCAGAACCAGAACCAGGACCAGAGCCAGAGCCAAGGUACCAUGGGCCCGUCUCUCAGGCCCUCCUCGGCGACAAAGCAAACACCGCACACCCCCAGCAGAGACAGACCAAUGUCUCCUCCUUCUGGUCGCGGUACUCCUACUCCUCGUGCUCCUGUCCGAGCCGGUUCGUCUCAUGGCACUGCAGAAUUCCCGCUGCCACCGCCAGUCAGGCUCUCUGCCGCCAUGUCCAGGCAGUCUUCUGUUACCUCGUUCGCAUCGGAACUGGACAACCGGUUUGGAAUGCGGGCCAACGAGAUGGGCCUUGACCCCACCGGCUUUGGACCCAACACCGACCCCAGAAUGAUCCAGGCCAUCACGCAAACCAUGAUUGGAGAAUACAUCUGGAAGUACACGCGCAAGGCUGGUCGUGGUGAGCUGUCAGAGAAGCGACACCGCCGCUACUUCUGGGUCCACCCGUACACGAGAACCAUCUACUGGAGCGAGAAAGACCCAUCAACGGCUGGUCGUACUGAAAUGAAGGCGAAGAGUCUCCCCAUUGAUGGCGUGCGAGUAGUGACAGACGACAACCCCAUGCCGCCAGGUCUCCACCGUAAGAGCUUGGUGAUCAUCUCUCCCGGCAGGACCAUCAAGUUUACCUGCACCACUGGCCAACGACACGAGACAUGGUUCAAUGCUCUGUCAUAUCUCCUGCUGAGAACUAGCAAUGGUCACGAUGGUCACUCUGAUGCGGAAGAGAUGGCGGCUGAUCUUACUCGGGAAGACGUUGACGAGUUUAACCCUCAGUUCGGCCGGCGACCUGCCAAUGGCACCUCGCGCCCCUCGGCCCCGUCUCUUUCAUCGUAUAACUCCCGCGCAACUUCACAAGCCGAGGCAAUUUCUCUGGAGAUUCCCACGCUGACGCCGUCGAAGCAUGCUUCAACGCCGAUUAGGCCUUCUAUUGCAGGCAGCAUCAGCAGCAGGGUAGGCUCAUAUUGGAAGGUGGGCGGAUCCAAGCUCUCUGGAUCAAUUCGCAGCAGGACGGUUAGCGCCCAGAAUGUUAGCAUCUACCAGGGGAGCGAGGUCCAUGAUAGUGCCGAAGACCUUCGUGAGAUGAUUGAGCAGCAAGACAGGGAAGCUGACCGACUCGAGAAUGUCAGAGCCUGUUGCGAUGGCAAACACGACGUCGGGACGCUUCCUCACACUACGCAGAAAGGACGUAGCCACAAACAUCAUCACCACACCACUCACUCUAAUGGUGGACACUCUGCCUUGAAUACCCCCAUGGCAUCUAUGCGCUCUCGGGCGUAAAAUUUCUUGUUCAUUCGACUUUUGCAUUAUUAAUCAACAACGUCUUGACUCUCUAUCUCUCUCAAUCUCUCUCUCUCAAAAAAAGGGAAUCUCCUUUCCUCUCUCUUAUCUCUCUCUCGCAAACGUGACGACCAUAUAUCUAACGGAAGACCGCCUUAUGACUCUGAACGAUUCUUCUUUUUUUCUUUUUGUUUUGUUUCUCAAUUUGAUCUUGUUAAUGCUCACAGAUAUUUUAGGUUGUCAUAGAUGACUUUUUGAUAAGAUUCAAUUCGUCACUGGCACACCGAGCAUUCUGUUUAGUCUCUGCAUACCCCGACCUUGGAAGAACCAUUAUUCUUAGAAUGCAGUCCUCUCUCUCUAAAAUUAUUUCUUUCUUUACUGUCAAUUUUCCCCAUCAAGGCGCAACUGCUUUUAUGCAGACGAAAAAAAAAACAUCCUCAUCAUGCUAGGGUUGCAAACAGAUACAUGCAUUUUCCUUUUAGUGCUGUAACAAGGAAACUAAACUGAAAAAAAAAGAGGGAUUUGUUUUUGACACAAUUUUGUAUGUUAACUAGGUGCCUGCUUGGAUGCGCUUCCCGCUCUGGAAAAGAGAGAGCACGGGGGUGUGUCUGUAGGUAUGGGCAUACCGGACAUUACAAAUUCAGUUGGCGUAUCAGUAUCAUAUGGCGUCUUACUGCAUAGAUGCUUGAGUCUUGUC